AAGAUGGGAGAGGAGCCGGCGUGAACUGUAGCGUCAGUUAAGGGCCGUGACGAAGACGUUCAGACGGGGUGCGUCCUUAGGCAUUCCAACCUGGCGAUAUAAAUGACAAAGAACCGGACGACAGAGCACCCGCAUCCAACACAGCGGUCGACAGGGCAAAUCAAGACCAAGUCACGUGACCUCAGACCCGCCGACUUUAACAUGGCUUGUGUGACGGACCGGAUGUUGUCAACAUUUGCUUCCGGGUGACGGCGCUCUGGCGCCAUCUUGUCUUGUUCGAGAAGAAGUGGAACGAGUGAAGGGGGUGGAGAAGACGCUGUAGCGACCGCAUCGGUGGCGGUGUCCCGGAGCCAGAGUGGGAUGAAAAAAAACUUGCUGCUAUGAUCCUUAGCUUCAUCUGUGAAGCAGCCUGAGUUUUAACAGGAAGGCAAACAUUUAAGGUAUAGAAUAUAAUUUAUAAAGCAAAAAUGUGGGACCAAGGAGGACAGCCUUGGCAACAGUGGCCUUUGAAUCAACAACAGUGGAUGCAGUCAUUUCAGCACCAGCAGGAUCCAAGUCAGAUCGAUUGGGCUGCAUUAGCUCAAGCAUGGAUUGCUCAGCGAGAAGCCUCAGGACAGCAGAGUGUGGUGGAGCAGCCUCCAGGAAUAAUGCCAAAUGGACAAGACAUGUCAGGAAUAGAAUCUGGUCCCAACAACCAUGGGAAUUUUCAAGGGGAUACAAAUUUUAACCGAAUGUGGCAACCAGAAUGGGGAAUGCAUCACCAACCCCCACACCCCCCUCCAGAUCAGCCAUGGAUGCCACCAACACCAGGCCCAAUGGACAUUGUUCCUCCUUCUGAAGACAGCAACAGUCAGGACAGUGGGGAAUUUGCCCCUGACAACAGGCAUAUAUUUAACCAGAACAAUCACAACUUUGGUGGACCACCCGAUAAUUUUGCAGUGGGGCCAGUGAACCAGUUUGACUAUCAGCAUGGGGCUGCUUUUGGUCCACCACAAGGUGGAUUUCAUCCUCCUUAUUGGCAACCAGGACCACCAGGACCUCCAGCACCUCCCCAGAGUCGAAGAGAGAGGCCAUCAUUCAGGGAUCGCCAGCGUUCACCCAUAGCAUUACCUGUGAAGCAGGAACCUCCACAAAUUGAUGCAGUAAAACGCAGAACUCUUCCAGCUUGGAUUCGUGAAGGUCUCGAAAAGAUGGAACGUGAAAAACAAAAGAAAUUGGAAAAAGAGAGAAUGGAACAGCAACGUUCACAACUAUCCAAAAAGGAAAAGAAGUCAACUGAAGAAGCUGAAGGAGGAGAUGGCCCUCGUUUGCCUCAGAGAAGCAAAUUUGAUAGUGAUGAGGAUGAGGAUGAUGUUGAAAAUGUUGAGGCAGCAAGCAGUGGGAAAAUUACUAGAAGUCCAUCUCCAGUUCCUCAAGAAGAACAAAGUGAACCAGAGAUGACAGAAGAAGAGAAGGAAUAUCAAAUGAUGUUGUUGACAAAAAUGCUGUUGACAGAAAUUCUCUUAGAUGUCACGGAUGAAGAAAUUUAUUAUGUGGCCAAAGAUGCACACCGGAAAGCAACAAAAGCUCCUGCAAAACAGCUGGCACAGUCCAGUGCACUGGCUUCCCUCACUGGACUUGGUGGACUGGGUGGUUAUGGAUCAGGAGACAGUGAAGAUGAGAGGAGUGACAGAGGCUCUGAGUCAUCUGAUACUGAUGAUGAGGAAUUACGGCACCGAAUCAGGCAAAAACAGGAAGCAUUUUGGAGAAAAGAGAGAGAACAGCAACUGUUGCAUGAUAAACAGGUGGAAGAAGAAAAGCAACAAAAUGAAAGGGUUACAAAAGAAAUGAAUGAAUUCAUCCAUAAGGAACAAAAUAGCAGUUUAUCACUACUAGAAGCAAGAGAAGCAGAUGGUGAUAUGGUUAAUGAAAAGAAAAGGACGCCAAAUGAAACUACACCAAAUUUAGAACCAAAAAAAGAUCAUAAAGAAAAAGAGAGAUUAGGAAGGAGUCAGUCAGGAAGUUCAAGUAGUGGCAGUACUAGCAGCAAUAGUAGAAGCAGCAGUAGCAGCAGCAGCGUAUCUAGUUCAUCAUACAGUUCUAGCUCAGGUAGUAGCCGAAGUUCUUCACGUUCAUCUUCUCCUAAAAGGAAGAAGAGACAUAGUCAUAGCAGAUCUCCACUGCAUAAACCUAGGCGCAGUAGGAGUAGAAGUUACUCUCGUAGAGUUAAAGGAGAGAGUAAUAGAGCUAGGGAAAAGGUAAGAGAUAGAAGGAGAUCUAGUAGAAAUAGUAUAGAGAGAGACAGAAGAAGAAAUAGGACUCCUUCCCGAGAGAGACGUAGAACUAGAAGUCGUUCAAGAGAUAGGCGAGCCAAUCGUGCCACUCGGAGUAGAAGUCGAGAGAGACGUAAAGUUGAUGACCAGCGUGGUAAUCUCAGUGGGAGCAGUCAUAAGCAUAAAGGUGAUGGUAAAGAUCAAGAUAGAAAAAAAGAGAGGAGUAGAAGUUUAGAUAAAGAUAGAAAAAAGAAAGACAAAGAAAGGGAGAGAGAACAGGAUAGAAGAAAAGAGAAGCAAAAAAGGGAAGAAAAAGAGAGUAAGAUUAGUAGCCAAGAUGACAGGUUAAAAAGAAAAAGAGAAAGUGAAAGAACAUUCUCUCGAAGUGAUUCAAUAUCUAUUAAAAUCUUAAGACAGGAUUCUAGACAGGAGAGUAAGAAAAGUUCUACCAAAGAUAGUAAAAAACAUUCAGGCUCUGAUUCUAGUGCAAGAAGCAGUUCUGAAUCUCCGGGAAGUAGUAAAGAAAAGAAGGCUAAGAAGCCUAAACAUAGUCGGUCGCGAUCCAUGGAGAAAUCUCAAAGGUCUGGUAAGAAGGCAAGCCGCAAACACAAGUCUAAGUCCCGAUCAAGAUCACCAUCCCCUCCCCGUCGUAAGCGCUGAGGAAUGAUGUGGCAUGAAUGCCAUGAUGUUGUUAAAAAAUUCCAUGAGUUUUAAGGGCUUGUCUCAUUAUAGAGGCACAUUGUGGCUGUGUAGGUGAAAACAGAAUCUUUUUUUUUUUUAAUCUGUAAAUAGGUGUAUUUUUUCCAAAUGCUGCUCCAAGUUACUUAAUAGGAUUUCUUUGUAUUACAUUUUUUUUCCAAAAUAGUGCUUAUUAAGAAUAUAAAACAUACCAUUCUCUCUUUCAGCUGUAAUGUUCUUAAAAUUACUAUUGAAUGUACUGUGAUGUCAAUAAAGCUCUUUAGUUCGUUUUUGUUAAAUUCUUGCACCUUAAUUUUAUGAUUUUUAACUAAGGAAAGUACUUUUAUAAAAAGGCAGCUGGAUUUUUGUAUAAUAGGUUUUAAAGGUAAUUCCUAAAAUGGUUUUAAUCCAUAUAGUUUGUCAAAGUUUGUAAAUUGUAUUCAUGGACUUGUCAAAAUCCACCAUUGAGGGUGUGAGAGAGGGCCAGAAAUAGACCUAUAUUUUUCUCUAUGGAAGUAUUUAAUAGCUUUCUAAGCUUUUCCUCCUAUUUUGGAUUUUCAAGUAAAAUAUUCUCUGUGUAUAAAGUAUGGAUCACUCUGUAAAAUGAAAUUUGCUUAAAUCAAUCAAGCCAAUGCACAGUAGGAUUAUUCGCAAUGAACUGAUCGUGUUUGACACUAAUAUUCAGCUCUGGAACUAUACUAUGAAGCCACCUACUUCUAUUUUAGAAGUAUAUUCUGAAUAUGGGUAAUUAUAGAAAUGAGAUUCAAUUCAAUUUGUGGUGCUUUUUAUUUAUAUUUUUGAAGUGUAAUAUGACCUCAGAUACAUUGAGAGAUACUCUGUAAUACAGACACACAUCAGUUGCAUAACAUCAAAACUGUUAGUUUUCCUAAGAAUUGUGAUUAGUGGUAUGGAUCUAACAAUUAAACCAAUUGUAGGUUGGUGGAUAGAACAAAAAUAUGGAGGCAUUCUAAUUUAGUGCCCAGUUGCUUCCAGGAUAUUAUAUGACAGUAACUAAGUUAUUCUGUGAAGAAAAAUGCUUUAAACGUUUUAGGGGCUUUUUUUGUUUUUGUUUUUGGAAGAAAAACAUACAAGGUACAGUACACAGAGAAUACAUUUUAAAAUGUUUCUUUAACAUUAAUACAUUUUAAGAAUAAUGCCAGAUUUUUGCCAAGGUCAGUGUUUUCUCAGAAUUAAAGAUAGAAAUAGAUAUGUAUAGUGUGCUCUUGUACAUCCUACAUAGGUUCAUAAAUUUUGGGCAAUUAUGCAUUUAUCUAAAAGUUUACAAGUGGCUGAAUAAAUGCAUGUUUAUCAAAAUGACUGUUUUACAGUGCAUUUAGUUCUGAUAUUUAUAAAGUGGAAAAUUCAUGGAAUAACUUCAACACAGUUUGAAAUUAUGUGGUUAGUCACAUCAGGCAUCAAAAUAAAGGUAAAUGUGCAAUAUGAUGUUUCUCUUUAGAUUAGUUAAUACAUUGUACAUAUCUUUAGACUCCUGAUUAAUUUGUAAUAGCUCAGUUGCAUAAGGUUUUUGUAUCUAAACAUGCUUUUCCAGAACAAACUUACAGUGAAAAUUAUUUUCAGAGUAAAAUUCUACAGGGAAACUUAGCUGGCACAUUUUUGGCUAAAACUAUAGCCAAAACGAAUAUUUAAAUUUUAUAUACUUAAACAUUUUGAAAGCUUCUCACCACCUAUAACUGUGGAAAUUGUUUCUUUAGCACAAUCAUAAAUGUGUGUGACUGUCAGUAAAUACAGCAAUAUUAUAAUGAUAUACUUGAGUUUGAUGUUUUCUAAAUUUCUGUGGAUAAUUUGCUAAGUUUUAUCAUUGCAUUGGCAUGUAACAUAGUUCAUCUUAACAUGUAAGCAACCAGCUGUCAUAAAAUAGGGUGUCCAUGACUGUGAGAAUUCUAAAACGUAUUCCUAGUUAAUUAAAAUUCAUCAUUAUAUCAUUUGGAAAAGAAACUUGGCAAAAUGGAGGUAACCCAUAAAUUAAGACAAAAUUAAAUGCUUAGA